GGAGGAUGGCCGGUCUGUGUUGCAGUGCAGCCGAAGUCUGCAAGGUACGGGAGACUGUGCACGUUUCUGGAAUGACCCGGACUUUAGCUGCAUGCCGCAGUGCGCCGCCUUACAGACUUGAGAGUUGAGAGCACACUUAUUACGUUCGCGUGGUGGUUGUGGACAGUUGGCAGCCAUUUGGUCUAAUGGUGCCUCGCAAUGUUUUGGCAUUGGACCACGGGCCGCAGCGAGCUGUUCCCGGAAAUGAACCAACUGGCCAACCGCUUUGGCUGAAAGCCUGCACUAUGGAACUCCGUACACUGUCUACGAAGUAUUCGCACGAAGUACAUCUGUGGCACAAGGUCACAUCGAGAUGUGCAUGCGCAGACAGACUACAGCAGCUUACCGUCACAUCGAAGGACUCGAUUGCAUCAAGCACCUACUUCCUCUACCGAGUCCCCUUGGACGCAACGCAGGACCGGUUCACCUUUUCUGCCACGGCUUCUCACGGUUCAAAAAAGCCACAAUACUUCAACCCUGUCUUUGGUGAUGGGAUCGAUGCAGAAUUGGCCAAGUACGGUUCUAAGACGCGCACCAACCAACCAACUGCCAACCAAGGUAUGAGACGCCACAAACUCCAAGGGACGGACUUGAAAGCACAAAACCGUGCCGAGACCGGGAUGAAAGGAGCCUCGUGCGCACUUUGCCUCGUGUUUCUCGGUACCCGAGCACGGACAUCCGGACCCUUGGGCGUUUGCUCAACAGUACGGAUACUGAGUGGGCAAAAAGACGUCUCAAAAAUCAUUUCCUGCCAAAGCGGACUACGAAGCCGAGGUGAGAGGAUCAUGAUGGUCGACUCCUGAUCAUGUUGGACCUUCAAAGAGGAUCCCUCCGUGGUGGAAACACGUCGAUCCGACCGCGCUUGGCGUUGCUUCUGACAGCUUGCUCGGUGGACGCCAAAUUCAACGACAGAUCAGAUCAGUCCUUGUCUGCGGCACAACAGUCUGACAUCGUGUUUGCU